AAAUAGCUUUAGACUAAAGCGAUCGGGAGAAAUAAAUGGCGACAGGGAGCACCGGAGCAACGCCGGAGGCUGCGGCGAUGAAGAUAGUAUGGAACGAGAGACAGAGAAGGUUUGAAACAGAAGACAAGCAAGCAUACUUGCAGUACGAGUUGAGAAAUGGUGGAAAAGUGAUGGAUAUGGUUCACACCUUCGUUCCGGCAAGCAAGAGAGGUUUGGGUUUAGCUUCACAUCUAACUGUUGCCGCCUUCAAUCAUGCUCAGUCCAAUUCCUUAUCCGUCAUCCCUACAUGCUCUUACAUCUCUGACACUUUUAUACCAAGAAAUCCAUCUUGGAAGUCGGUAUUAUACUCUAAAGAUGUGAAAUCUAGCAUUUGAAGCUUACAGUUUACCUGGCAUUCGGAGGUUAGUAUUUUGUAGAUAAUACAACUUACUUUGCUGAAGGAUAUGUUGCGUUAAAUAAGCCAUUUCGAUAAUUUCACUCCUGUUGGUCGAAGAUGUUAUGACGAAUAACUGUAUCCAUCUUGGAAGUUUGUAUUUGAUAUUAUUGAAUUAUGAAGUCAAAAAUAAUUUAAUGAAUUUUCUCCCCGUUGAA